UCAGGACCCUUUGUAACAGCAUGGCCAAGAGAAAAGCAAGUCCAAUCAGCUAUAUUUUUGUAAUAUUGUCAGUACAGCUCAACAAGUCAGCUCUGUUACUAAGAUUAUAGCUACAAAGAAUAUUAAGUUAAAGAUUUUCAUGUCAUGAAGUUGAAAACGACACAUGGUUCCAAAGUGAGCAUCCUUUACUGAAUAAUGGCUAACAUAAGCCUGGAUCUUCAGCCCUGUUCCUAGCAACCCAGUAACAAACAGCUUGUUUUUCUGAAGACUUUUGAUGCCUCAGUGGUACUCUAAUGCUGGAAUGUCCCUUUAACCAGCACAAGUAAUAGCCUAAUUUUAAUUUUUUUACUUAAAUGAUGGAUAAAACAGGCUCAAGCUUUACAAAGUCAUCCAAAGCGCAUCACUGAGGUCCAAGUGCUGGAGUAAUUGCGCUCUAAAUCUCUAUAGCGCCUCCUUGUGGAUGUGAGGGUUCAUGACAUCUUCACACUUCUCCUGAUGAGCCAGCUCGUAAAUGCACUGCAUCACUUAGUCAUCAGUAAGAUUUGAGAAAGUUUGUCCUCCACGACUUAUGACUCAUUUCAGCUUCACAUAUAGUCUACUGGUGGCCCACACAUUGAAUUAUUUGCUGUUUUAACGUUAAAAAUCUAGUUACAUCCAGUAGGCCUGUUAUGCAGAUAAAUAGGCUAUUAGUAGAAAAUUAACACCAUCAGUUGAUCUCAGUUGACAACUGCAAGCUCUACGAUAACAAGAAGUUAAAAUACAUAGGCCUAAUAUUUAUAUAUCAGCCUAAAUAAUAUAUUUACAGUCUAAGCUGUGGCUUUAAAGAACUAACAAGUUCAUAACAGCUCCUCUUGGAGACAGGGGCUGUGCAGGACGUGAGGACCGGCCUCACUUUUUAUAUUGGACCAGAGAUGUGAGUGGGAGGAGAGACCAUUUCAGAGAUUAAAAAUAGCCUCUAAUACCUCUUCUUUUUUUCUCUCAGCAGAGUUCAGCAGUAUAAAGAGCGUCUCUGUAGUGGACACAGUGCACUAAAGCGCGGAGGUAAGCGAGAGCGCACACAGCAUUGGUAACUCCAGGCUAGUGUCCUGUAUCUGAAUCAAGGUAUGUGGACCAAACAGGAAUAUACCGCAGGUCUUCGCUGAUGAAAGCAUAAGCUGGAUAAUUAGUUUGUUAGUUUUUUAGACCAAGGCUCUGCCCAAAUCCUAGUAAAUAUUUAACGCGUCGCAGCGGGUAAAGCGCAGGACAAACGCGGCAUCACGCUCAGCAUUAAGUGCGUCUGAAUCUCUGACUAGUGGAUAAAAUGUGCCCGUGGUAUUCUUUUGUACUUUUAGCUGCUUGUGUAUUCAGUGGAAGUGUUUCUGAGGCUUUUGAAGCAGAAGAGAUCGUGCCUGUCCGUUUAACAGGACGCACCGGGAGACGCUUAGCGAGGAGAAGCGAAGAUCAUCCGACUUUCAUUCUCACGGCUUUCGGGCGCAAUUUCACACUGAAUCUACACCCCGACACCAGCUUUAUAUCCCCCUCAAUGAAAGUGUAUCACAUCAGAGCGAAGGAUUUAUCUGCAGCCGAACCGCGAACCGGAGCAGAGAGACAGGUGUCAGUCUCCGACCUUACAGAUGUGAACAUGAGUAACACUGCAACAGCUGGAUCAGACCUCCAAGGCUGCUUCUUUACCGGAACCGUGGACUUUAAUGAUGAUUCCGUGGUGUCGGUCAGUCUGUGUCACGGCAUUGUGGGAACGUUCAUUGCACACGGAGAUGAGUACCAGAUCAAGCCCAAGCGCUUUGGCACGGGAGCGAACGCGAGCGCCACUGACCAGCCGCAUGUCAUCACAAGACAACAGCUGACCAAAACACUUCGAGACGCAAGCCACUCGCUUGCUCAAUCAGAUGGGGAAAGAUCCCCGCUGUCACGCAAACACAGCAGGCUUAGCUCAGGCUCUUCCAGACGCAGGCGCUUUGUCUCCGUGCCGAGAUUUAUCGAGACUCUGGUGGUGGCGGACGCUUCAGUGUCGAGCUUCUACAGAGAGGACACAAAGCACUAUGUCUUGACCUUGGUGUCUGUGGCUGCUCAGAUUUACAAGCAUCCCAGCAUUAAAAACUCACUGAACAUGGUGGUAGUGAAGUUGCUGAUAGUGGAAGACAAGGAGGUUGGACCAUCUGUCUCCAGUAAUGGAGGCUUGGCACUGCGUAAUUUCUGUUCUUGGCAGCAGCAAUUCAACCCAUCCAGCCAGAGGCAUCCUGAGCAUUACGACACUGCUUUGCUAUUCACUAGAGAGGACAUCUGCGGCCAUCAGAGCUGUGACACACUUGGCAUUGCCGAUGUGGGCACCAUGUGUGACCCUAAAAGGAGUUGUUCUGUUAUUGAAGACAACGGACUACAGGCGGCCUUCACAAUAGCUCACGAAUUAGGCCAUGUGAUGAGCAUGCCUCAUGAUGAUUCCAAGAACUGUGAGAGGUAUUUUGGAAAUCUGCCCAAGCACCAUGUUAUGGCUCCAGUAUACACCAGCUUCAAAAAGACGUCCCCCUGGUCCCCAUGCAGUGCAUUCUACAUCACAGAGUUCUUUGACAAUGGCCACGGAGACUGCCUACUGGAUGCCCCUGAGAAGAUUUUGCCCUUGCCUACUGAGUUGCCUGGUGUGAUUUAUAGCCUGGACCACCAGUGCCAGCAGAUCUUUGGAGAGAAUUUCUCACACUGUCAGAAUUCCUCUGCUGGUGAGGUGUGCAGCCAGCUGUGGUGCCAGGAGGAAGGCCAGCCUGUGUGUACCACCACAAAUGGGAGUUUACCCUGGGCAGAUGGCACAGAUUGUGCCUCCUACAGGAAGUGUCUGGAUGGUGUUUGUACUGCAUCUGAGGAGGUAAUGGAACCAAAGGAGGUGGUGGAUGGAGGCUGGGGAGAGUGGGGAGCGUGGAAGCCUUGCUCCCGCUCCUGUGGCGGAGGAGUAAUGUUCUCAUACAGAGAAUGUGAUCAGCCAGCUCCUCAGAACCGAGGGAAAUACUGCGAGGGACAGAGAGUUCAAUAUAGCUCCUGCAAUACACAGGCCUGUGAAACCACGCAUGGGAAGAGCUUCCGUGAAGAACAGUGUGAGAAGUAUAACAAUCCCAAUCACUUUGAUAUUCGUGGAAAUGUCAAGCAGUGGAUACCAAAAUAUGCUGGUGUAUCACCAAGGGACCGAUGCAAACUCUUUUGUAGAGCAAGAGGCAGCAGUGAAUUCAGAGUGUUUGAAGCCAAGGUCAUUGAUGGAACAGCAUGCAGUCCAGAUUCCACAUCAAUCUGUGUCCAAGGCCAGUGCAUUAAAGCUGGCUGUGACCUCCAGAUUGGCUCCAAUAAGAAGCUUGACAAGUGUGGUGUGUGUGGUGGGAAUGGCCUUAGCUGCAGGAAGAUAUCAGGCUCAUAUAACAAAGUCCACCAGGGGUAUGGUGAUAUUGUAACAAUCCCAAUAGGGGCCACCAAUAUUGACAUCAAGCAGCGGAGCCUCAAGGGCAAAAAACAUGACGGGAACUACCUAGCUAUCAAAAGAGAAAAUGGUGAGUAUAUACUGAAUGGCAACUUCUCUGUGUCCACUGUCGAACAGGACAUUCCAGCUAAUGGGGCUGUACUCAAGUACAGUGGCUCAGCGACUAUCUUAGAACGAAUCCAGAGCUUUCGCCAACUCAAGGAAGCCAUCACCAUCCAACUCCUGUCCACCACUGGAGAGACAACCCCAGCAAAGAUCAAAUAUACGUUCUUUAUCCCCAAAGGCAUCUCUUUCAGUAAACCAAAAGAGGGAAAAACAUCUGUCCAUCCUUUUGGUGUUCCACAGUGGGUAGUGGGAGAGUGGUCAGAAUGUUCCAAAAGCUGUGGUUCAGGAUGGUCUCGGAGAACUGUGGAGUGCAAGGAUAAUGCUGGCAUUUACUCUAACCACUGUGACAAAGACCUCAGACCUGCAGACAUCAGGCCCUGUGCAGAUCUUCCAUGUCCCAUGUGGCAAAUAGGCCCAUGGUCUUUGUGUUCCCGAACAUGUGGUCAUGGGGAACGCCAUCGUAGUGUGGACUGCAUUGAUUUCACUGGGAAGGUUGUUGACAAAGAAAAGUGUGAUUCUUCCAAGCAACCCAAGCCAGUAUUUGGAGAGUGUAUGUACCAGGAGUGCUAAUCGCACCUAAGCAGACUUUAAUUCAUUAAUUUAGCCCAUUAGUUUAAUGCCAAGUUUAGUAGGUAUGUAAAAGCUGGUAAAGCACCAAACUGUGCUGGACUCCAGCCAUCUGAGAUCUAGUAGAAUGACAGAAAAAUGACAAACACUACUAACCUUCUUGACAGGGCUUUGAAGUAAAGCAGGAAAAGCUUAGUUUUAGGAUGAAGAACUAAACCAGUCCAAAUGACAUGGCUUUGGCUGUUUGAAUGAAGUGCUGUUUCCAACAUUUAUUUAAAACCACUCUUGCUUUAUUUCCAGUAGAGAUCUACCUCAAAUGGAUAUAAUAUUUUAAUCAGUGUCCUCCUAACUGGUUGUUUUCUCAUGCAGUGAGGCUGCAAAUCAAUACAGACCAAAUAAAUUAGUAUCCAGACAUUUUAACCAUGGGAUACAUACUACGCAACCUUUUUUUUUUUAAUUUUAUGGUAGGUCUGAUUGUCCUACAAUCAACAACCAGUCAAAUUAAUAACAGAUGAAUACCUUUCUUAUUACCUGCUACAAAGUCAUUAUGGUAUAGACUACACAGUUUUUGUCCAAAGCUUGUAGGAUUGUUGUGAUUUGUUCUGAGAGUAGUGAAACAAUGAUGAAGAAUAUUUUGAUAUGACAGAGUCAGUAUGACUUUUCCACCUUUUCCUGUAGUAAUUUAAGCUAAGAAAUAGUUUAGUCAUGUUUGUGACAUGAUGCAUUUACCGAACAUCUAUAUUACCCAUGGUGAUACGAGCAUGAUUUACUAAUUUUUUAAAAUUGGUCAGAACCUUCAACCAUUUCUGCAUUGUCACAUGACAUAAACUUCAUAUGAGCAUUCCAGUUGUGUAUAUUACAUGUAUCAAACAUAUCGAAAAACAGUAAUGUAUAUUAUCCCUUCAAUGAAGGUCCAUGCUAUUUUAUUAUUUCAUAACAUCUUCAUGGAGUUAUUUAUUAUUUUUUUAAAGUUUAUAUGUUUUAAAUGGACACAAAAUAAAAAGGAAAUUU